AUGAACAUGCUGAUGCUAAUAGUUGUAUCAGAAACACAAAGAAACACAUUGUUGUUGUGGCUGUUGAAACAGAGAACAAGAGGUGUCACUACAAUACCACGAGGAAGAGAAGCACGACCGCGCACUGAAGUGCAACAGAAAAAAGCGAGAAAUAAACAAAUCUCAAAAUAUUGCAGUGUUGACAUAACGAAGCUUCGGUCCACUACCCUUUCUUGUCUAGGAUGUCGCAUUGAGAAAAAUGACACUACCAGCUGUAGUACACGAGCACGAGGCGUUAUUGUUUAUUCGUUUCAGAUUCAGGUGACCUUCCGUACCCGUUCACUUGAUGGAUGUCUUUGCAGGCGGC